UGUGCCUGGGGGUGCAGCAGUCAGACUGAGCGGUGCAGGCUCAGACACAGAGGAACAGGGGAAGGAGCAGGUUUAUUUUGGCUUCGCUCCUGCCUUAUUCUCAUAGUCUGCAACUGAGGCUCUGCCGCUGCGACUGGACUUCUCCUUCCCUUUUAAUUGGGGGGUCAACAGACAACUAGGAAAGGGGGCUUCUCCCUCGCCUGAGACUGGAAGUUUGUUCCCCCGGACUUUAGGGGUUACAGUUGGACUUUCCUCUCGCUCUUGGAACAAGGACCCCUCCAAGUUUAGAAUUUGGGGUUUCUGCUUCAGAGACUGGACUUGUCCCUCCACUGCUAAUGAGAAUCUGUUACCUAUGAAUUUAGGGGUCUUGCACCCCAGAACUGGACUUUUUCUAAACUUUAAUAUACGGACUUGAUUCUCUUUUCUUGGAACCCCUGAAACUCUUGAUUGUGGGGUAUUUACGCUGCAGCUGGACAUCUGUCACCCAGAGACAGGGUGUCUCACUUUUGCACCUUGGGAGCUUACACUCUACAAGUGGAGAUUCUGAUGCUAGUGGGUCUCUACCCAAACCUGCAGCCCUGCAUGAGGAUUUGUUCCAGGAAUAACGUUAUUUUUGUCUUCUAUAAAUCUGGGCACUAGUUACCCUGCUCCCCCAGCGGCUGUUUGGUUUUUCUGCUCUUGGAGAUUUUUAGGCUUUCCUAACUCUCUCUGGGGGUCUCAAUUUACCUACUGGAGUGCAGAAGGUUCAAACAUUCUGGAUUUAACUCUUUGGUGUCAUGUCUUUAUGAACAAGUGAGUACUGUGCAGGGUAAAGCAGCAGUGACAACCAACCAGUGCUGCUUUGAAGUUCUGACCUGCACACACCACCAUGGAAAAUGAGGAGUGGAAAGUGUCUGUGUGGAUUUGCCAGGAGGAGAAGCUGGUCUCAGGGCUUACCAGGCGCACCACUUGUGCUGAUGUGGUCAGGGUCCUGCUGGAAGACCACAACCAGAAGCAGGCUGAGGAGGGGUCCAUGCUGCUGGGACCACCACAGUGUUAUUGUAUUGUGGAAAAGUGGAGGGGAUUUGAGAGGAUUUUACCCAACAAAACUAAAAUCCUCCGAUUAUGGACAGCAUGGGGAGAGGAACAAGACAAUGUCAGGUUUGUCUUGGUCCGGAGCGAGGCUUCUCUGCCCAACAUUGGGCCAAGGAGUGCAGAAGCCAAGGUGGUCCUAAGCAAGGAGAGCCCCUGCCACCAGAGGACGCUCAGCAAGACCAGCACAGGACUGACCCAAGACAAACAGCGCAGAGUGGUCAGGAAAGCUUUCAGGAAACUGGCUAAAAUAAACAGAAAGAGGUACGAGACCUUACCCAAGGAGUCUUCCUCAGUGGAGAAAAUGGAAACGUUGGUGCAUCUUGUUCUUUCUCAGGACCAUACCAUCCGCCAACAGGUCCAGAGAAUUAUGGAGCUGGACAGAGAGAUUGAGAGGUUUGAGGCCAGAACCCACUUUGACAGGAUGAAACGGCACGGGGUCAACUACGUCCAAGAAACCUACUUGGUGGGCAUGGCGUCUGACAAGGGUUCGGCCAGUGACAGCAACCCACUGAGUGAUCAGUCCUCCCAGGAGGAACUCUUUGCUGACUAUGCACAGAAGUGUGACGAGGUCUUGUUGUUGCAAGAACAGAUCAGCCAACAGGAGGAGGCCAUGGAGCACAUCACCGUACAGAUCCAAGAGGAGCUCAACAAAAGGUGGAUGGAGAGGCGUCAGGAGGAGCUCAGCGCUAAAGAGCAGGAGUCAUGCUUGUCGGACUCAGGGGCAGAUCAAGGGGGUGACGAGCCUCAGUUACUUUUAGAACAGGAAAGGGUUAAAACAGAACUCAGCGCCAGUCUCUACAUCGGAUUGAGGCUGAACACAGACUUGGAGGCUAUCAAGGCUGAUCUGGAUUAUACCCAAAAAAUGUGGGACGAUAAAGAGCAGGAACUGCAGAGCCUGUUGCACAGUCUUAAUGACCUGGACACCGACGAGUGUCAGGAUUUGGCUGAGAUGCCAUGCGAAGACACAAGUCUGGGGGUGACAACUAGUGGGUCACCCACAGACAGUUGGGUAGAGAAAGACUUGGGGCGACAAACAAACUGUGAAGCAAACGAUGAGGAUUCAGACACUGGACUGAGUUCUAUGCACAGUCAGGAUUCGGACUCUGGACCAGUAUGUGAAUCUCUGGUAUAAAUAUUCACUUUACAUGGACACCUGUUUGUUCCCUGGGAUAUCUAAACAGUGUUUGGUUGCCCUCUAAUCUGGCACCGGAAGGGUUAAAACAGUUACAGAUCCCAUAAUCUGCUUCCAACCAUGUGGCUUGUGGGAGUUCUAGUUGCACCUCAUUAAGUAUCCUUGGCUUUGCAUGUUGAGGUUUUACAUGUUUAACCUUUUCUUUAUAGGUGAGAACAGUGAAUAAUGGAAAGCCUGUUACUGUAGUUUAUCUGCUUUGAUACAUUGUCCUCCCGACACAGACCCCAGAAUUCACUGUCUUUGGGUUACGACUACUGAAACUUGAUUUGCUUGUACAUUUGUAUUUUUUUUAAUAAACCUUUAGCUGAAUUAAAUGUGA